UGCUAUCUCUCCUCUCUCUCUCUCACCAGAAAUUUAGGAGAAUUUUCUGGUUCUUGUCCUUCCUAUGCAAAUCACAAAUCCCAAGUUUUGUUUCUACAUGUGGUAAAAAAGACAAUACCAAAGAAUAUACACACACACAAGAACAAGAAAAAUGGGAAGAGGCUCUCUUUAAAAGGGUUUCAAAACCAUCCAAAAACACAGUAGAGGUAGUGGUAUCUCUGUUUUAGCCUUUUCCCCUUGUGUUUUCAAUGCCAAAUAUUUCAGAAGGAGAUGGCGGCGCUGCCAGCUUCUCUUCUGAGCAAAACGGCGAGGAAGAAACUUUCGAGCAAUUUGGAUCCACUGAUCCACACCAACUUGAACCUUCCAUUUCUAAGAAGAGAAGAAAACUCCCUGGAAAUCCUGAUCCAAGCGCUGAAGUGAUUGCCUUGUCCCCGAAGACAUUAAUGGCGACGAACCGGUUCGUUUGUGAAAUAUGCAACAAAGGUUUCCAGAGAGACCAAAACCUCCAACUCCACAGAAGAGGGCACAAUCUUCCAUGGAAGCUAAAGCAAAGAAUGAGCUCGGAGAUGACGAAGAAGCGGGUGUACGUUUGCCCUGAGGCUUCAUGCAUCCACCAUAACCCAGCCCGAGCUCUAGGAGAUCUUACAGGGAUCAAGAAACACUACUCCAGAAAACAUGGCGAGAAGAAAUGGAAGUGUGACAAGUGCUCUAAGAAAUAUGCUGUUCAAUCUGACUGGAAAGCCCAUGCAAAGGUUUGUGGUACCAAGGAGUACACGUGUGACUGUGGCACCAUCUUCUCCAGAAGAGAUAGUUUCGUGACUCAUAGGGCAUUUUGUGACGCCUUAGCCGAAGAAAACACCAAAGUCUUGAACACACAUGGCUUGCAAGCCUCUGAGCUCAACCCAUCAUCUCCUACGACCUUACCAGAAACCAUCCAAUCCGACAUGAAAACCCCACCCCUCGACUUUUUGCCGGCACCGCCUCCCAAGCCCUUAAACAUGGCUCCAAGCAUGUUUUCCGGCUGCUCUCCGACCACCCUCUUUUCUACCCCGAAAAUCCUGCCAGCUUCGUCUUCUUCUUCCCUUCAUUUCAACGCGAUUCCACCCAACAUGUCUGCCACAGCCUUGUUACAGAAAGCCGCUCAAAUCGGCGCGACCACAAGUACUAACAUUGUGUGCUCUCCAAUGCUACAAAGAGGCUUUGGUUCUUCCAUGGAACCAUCGCUUAUCAACCACGGAGUUCAAGUACAACCCGAUAAGUCUCAGCUAGCCGGCGUUAUUAGUGGGUUUUACUAUCAUCAAAACCAGAACUUGAGUUCAGGUCUGGAUUUACAAAAGCUGACAGGGAAUAAUAAGGAGAUGAGAAGGGAUGAGAAUUUAACAGUAGACUUUUUGGGGGUGGGAGGUAGGAACUUUCAUGAGCUCCAACACCAAGAAAUGGGACUUGAAAAUCAAGCAGUUAGUCAGCAGAGGAUGCAAGGUUUGAGUGCUGUUUGGGACGAUGCUUGAGAAGUUUAAUUUAAGUUAUCAUAUUGCAAGGGGGUUUUGAUAAUUUGAUGUGUCAUGUGUUGCACUGCUAAUUUCUUGGAUUUUUUCCAUGUAUAUUUUAAAUAAUUUGAUUAUGUAUACAAUUGCAAGUUUAGCAUUUGGUCGAUGAUGUAAAUGUGUAUGCUUUCCACCAA